CCUGAUUCCUCUUUCAGACGAAUUAGCUGUUCCAAAAAUUUUCCUUCCGACGGAGAUGAAUUUUUAGUUCUAAAACGAUCGCUACAGUCCGUUGAUAAAGCGGCUUGACGUCACAGAGCCGAUAGCUGAGGCAGCCAAGAGCGAGGAAAAGGGAAAGCUAUGUCUUCUAUUGGGCCGGCGAAGGGGAUCCUCGAGAUCGCCAAGUUUGCGGUUUACGUCACCGUCCCCGCUGCUCUCACCUACGCCUUCGUUACGGAUUCGGGGACUCUUCAUAAGCUCAUGGGAUUCAGGCCUUAUGUUGUUUAUCCUCCUGAGGGUCCUCCACCUCCAUCUCCAGAAGAGCUUCGAGAAAUGGCUAGGGAGAUGGCUCGUAAGAGCAAAAGCAUCUGAGUAUUCAACAGAAAGCUAAAUGAGGCACUCUUCCAUCUGAAUGAAUUAGAGCUGAGUUAUUUCAGCACCCAUUCCAUAUAAUAUUUCCAUUGUCCAUAUUAUAAUCGGUACCCAUAGUUUAUAAGUUUGUAAUGUUUUACCGUUAAUCUUUUUAUCUUGUCAUGAUUAGAAAUACUUCUCUUUGCUAUUGAUAUUUUUUAUUUGUGGUUAAAAUACCCUUAUGAGGUAUUUGUCUGCAGCCGAAAAUAUUAAACUACGAAGUUGUUCUUGACAAGUCAUGCUUAUUAGCUUACGUCUAAUAAGACUCAAGUUGUACUUUUCCAGCUCUUUUA